AUGCCAGUUUUACAUGAAAAUAAUAAUGAUUUGGAAUCCGGAGAUUUCGAUGAUGAUGAUGAUGAACCUAGUCAAGGUUUAGUUAUUCGACGAACAACAAGUUAUUCUAUUCGACCAGAUAAUAAAUUAUCAAAAUCUUCCAAUCGUGAAACAUUAGAGACAAUUGGAGUUAAUCAAGCAAUAGCAUGUGCUUUAAAAUCACAUCCAAAAGCGUUUCAUUAUACACAAAAACAAUUACAAUAUCUUCCUUCAUCAAUUAAAUAUCUUAUUAAAUGUAAAAAUAUACGUGAACUUGAUUUACAUGGAAAUCAACUUAAAUCAUUACCUGAUGAAAUUGAAAAUUUAAAAUCAGUUGAAAUUUGUAAUUUAGCAAACAAUCAUUUUGAAACUAUACCUGCUGCUCUUGGUAAAUUAUCUCGUCUUACAAAAUUACUUUUAUUUAACAAUCAUCUUGGUGAUUUAUCAACUUCAUUAGUAUUUUCUAAAUUAUCUAAUUUACGUAUUUUAAAUUUAAAUAAUAAUUUCAUAACACAAUUACCAAAUGAUAUUGGUUGUUUAGUUAAUUUAGAAAUUUUAACAAUAGAACAUAAUCAAUUAAUAGAACUUCCACGUGAAAUUGGUUUAUGUAUACGUUUAAUUGAACUUCAACUUGGUUUUAAUUCAUUAACAAAACUUCCACUUGAAAUUGGUUAUUUAAUAAAUUUAUCAAAACUUAUCAUACAUCGUAAUAAUCUUCUUGAAAUACCUGAAAGUAUAACAAAUUUAAAAAAUUCAUUAAAAAUCUUAGAUAUUGCUUGUAACAGUUUACGUAUCUUCCCAAGUCAAUUUUAUACAUUACAAUUAAAAGAAUUUCACAAUGAACAUAAUCCAUUCAUCGAACGUGUACCAGUACAUUCCGUACAAGAAAAUGAAAUAUUAACAUUAAAAGAAAUUUGUGCACGUCGUUCAAUGUAUGAAUUAUGUAAUUCAACAGAAAAUAUUCAAUCAAAUUUACGUGAUUAUUUACAAUACAAUACGAAAGCUAAAGAGAUUUUAAUGCAAUGCACUGAAUGUCAACUUUGUCAUAAUUAUUUUUUAAAUACAUGGUUAGAAUGUGUUGAAUUUAUUGAUGCACAACAAAUAUUUCCAAAUAUGAAAACGAAUACAACACAAACAACAACAAUUAUACCACAACGUGUACUACUAUGUUCAUAUAAAUGUUUUAAUAAUCCUGAUCAUAAUUAUUUUGGUGUUGCUUUUGUUUAA